AUGUCCGACAGCAAACAACUUGAUAGAGAAUAUUUCAUAAAGAACAAAGACCAGCGACGCACUUGGAACAUGGCCUAUCUUCUAGGUCUGGCUGAGGAAAAGCCAUUGCCAAAGAGCCGUCGUGAAGCGGUCUAUCAUUUUAUCGAAAAUGGACAUCUCAACUACCUUCCAGAUGAUUCAGACACAGUUUCAAAUGUUCUCACAGAUGGUGGCGACGAUGCCAGCGAGAUGUCAGUGAAGAUCCCCGAGAAUUGGGAAGAGAAACCACUUGACGAUCCUGUUCGCACCCGUGUUCAGACAUAUCUUACUGCGAAGCGCAAUGGCCACUUCCCAUAUUCCUUGGAACCUCACCUGCCCACUACCAAUCCACCUCCUGUGUCUGCACCCACUCCGUCCACCCAGGUCAAUGUUCCCCUCUACCCGGGUCAAUGGGGACCCAUUGCCGUGCUCAAUCCUGUGCCCGUAUACACUCUGCCUAGUACACCCCAAACUCAGGUUGCCGCAGCAGGGCCAGCUCAGGCAUCAGUCUUAGGGGCUAAGUCGGGGAACAGGCAGGUCAAAGGAAAAGACAAAGAGAAAUCCAAUGAGAAAGGUACGAAAGAAUUUGAGUAUCAAUUCAUGUUGAACACGAUGGAUCCGAAGAAACAGAACGAAACCGUCUACUUUCCAGACUCGAAGUCCCAAUCACCAGAAGAGGUUCUCAAUGGAAUUCUCAUUAGGAUGAAGGUGGACCUCUCCAUGCACCAGAUCGGAUAUCGUUUAUCCGAUGAGAAGGAAUCCAUCUUCACUCAGAUCCGCAAUGUGGAUGAUUUCACUCGCGCUAUUCAUGCGCAGCGUGAUAUUCAAUCUCGUGCAUACAAAUCAAAGAAACUACGAAUUGUUAAUAAGGAUGCCGUCAAAAAAGAGCUUCGACCUAUGGCAAUCAAGAAGCGCCGUAGAGCCAAAACCCCAUCUGUUGACAACACUUCAUCCAUGCAUCGAGUAAUUUAUGAUGAACUUCACAAGAGACUCUUCUGCCAUGGUUGUGGGCGAUGCUGUUACCGCCAUCCUGAUGCUAAUUUCCACCAUUUGCAUGUCACAAAUGAGGCCCUUGCCCUUUGGGCGAAAGCAUUGGCCGAUGGGGUUAAAGGAGUCUCCUUUGUUGAGCCACCCAAGAGUCGUUUAUUUAGUGCUUCACCUCUCAAACCUCUCACGCAAUUGGAUGAUCCCCAUACCUGGAAGCGUGACCGAUCAACUUCUCCUCCUUCUCCGACUCAGAUGCCAGCCAAGCGCAGGAAGGCCCAUUUGGAAGCUACUCGCAAUAUACGAGCACUCUCAAAGGACUUCCAGAAUACCAAACAGUCCGUGGGUGACUGUCAAGUCCAAGUCCCGCACUCAAUCACCACUUCAGAGAAUAAACCCGUGGUCCUAGUCCCAGCAACUCCGAGUCCAGGGACCCGUUCAUAUGUUCUAGAUCUUUCUCCGAGUCCAGUCAAACAUGCUUCGACUUCACAGCACACCCACAUCUCUCAAACCCAGACAAACUCUCAGGGAAAAAAUUGGCGUUUUACUACUUGUGUGCAACAUGAGAACAAGCCCGCAUUGCCUCCAUCUCCUUCCAUUAUUGAAAUAUCCUCCGAUUCAAGCACUCCCGAGGAGUGCAUUUCAUUACCCUCGCCACCAGUGGCACACAUUGGUCCUGACUCCGACCACGCAUCUAACGAUAAUGAUGAAUAUGAUGGUGAGACUGCUCAAGAUGAACUGGCCAAUGAUCCGUGGGAGGAAAUCUGGUAA